UCCGCCCGCUGGGUCUCUGAGCCCGGCCCCGCCCCCGACCCCGCCCCCGGGCCGGCUCACGUGGUACAGCUGCGCUUCAACAAAAACUUUAUUGGGAGCGCAGGGCCACGCGUGGGCCCGCGAGGGCGGGGAACCUGUUCCCCGUGGCAACGGCCGGGCCUAGCUCCCAGAAGCCAUCCAGGCGCCCAGUGUGAAAAUUGAGCGCCUCGCUGGAGGCUGCAUAGUAUCAUUCCAGGGCCACAGUUUCAUUCCCACUUUUGCCACCUAACGAGGGGUCCCCUUGGGGUACUCUCUAACCUCUCUGUCCCGCAGUUUCCUCACGCGUAAAAUGAGGCGCUGGACUUUCCCUGAAGCCUCACAUAGCCCUGACUUCCAUAAUCUCUUUCUCAUCCCAGAGAAGAGCGCGUGUUCUUCCCCAUUAGUUUUCUUUUCCUGACUCUGCUCAGUCUUCCCCAGCUCAGAUUCUAGGUCACAAAUUAAAUCUACAGCUUCGUCUCCUUUCCCAUCCUAUUCCAAAUGGGCCCUCUUUUAACCUAAUUUGGAAAAAAGGGGGUGUCCCAUUGGUAAGGGAGUCAGGGAAGACUGGGGGAAAAGCUCCACAAGGCAGGCGCUGAGUCUGGUUGGUUGGUUGGUUGGUUGUUCAUUGAGAUGUCUCUCUAGUGCCUACAACAAUGCCAGGCACACAGUAGGGACCAAAUCUUUGCUGAUCAAACAAAGCACAUGUCACUAAACGAAGGCCAGGUCUUCUGUGGAUUCUGUGCUACCCGAAGACCUCUUUGAGUCUCUCUUCCCCCUGCCUCACCCUCAGUCUACCCCAGCCACGCUGGGAAGCAAGGACUGUUUAAUACUCCCAAAUUCAGUACCUAGUGUCUGAGCUGUGUGAUUUCCGAUUUGUGGCUGGAGCCUCGGUUGCUCGGGGAAGCCCUCUGGGGAGUCACCAGAUCCAGGACCAGCUGGGUACAUCAUAACACUGAAAGGCUAAAUAAAAGGAAGAAGGAGAGAGUCAGUCUGGCUUCAACUAACAGCACUCACCCAUUGCCUGAGAUGAAGCAGGGGCCCCAAGGGCAGUCUGAAGGUUGGGAAGCCUCGAAGAACCUAGCGCACAAAUGUCAGCUCUGCCUAAGGAGCCCCCAAAGCCAGACCCACUCUUUUCAGCUGUGUUGAAAAGUGUAGGGGGUGUGAGCGUCACAAGGUUUGGAGUUAGACCACCUGAGUUUAGAUCUGGCUCUGCCUACUUCACACCUGUGGAACCUCUCGGGUUACAGAACCUCUUGGAGCCUCAGUUUCCUCCACCCUAGGAUUGUCGUCAUUCUUCCGAGUGGCAAAGAGGGAUUUCCAACAUCCCCCAGCCCUCCAGUCACUGACCUGACCGUUGAUGUGCUGAAAGCUUAUCAAGAAGGAACAAACACGCCUCCAGAUUCUCUUGAGAGUAAACUGCAAGUGAACUUCAACUCCAAGGCAUGUGAAAACAGCCCAGCAUAUGAACCCGAAACAGACCCAGCACCACAGAACAGCGAUGAAACCCUUUACUGUGAGGCCGAGGCGUCCGUGGGUGUGGAUAAAGACAAGGCCGCCCGGGAGAGCUCAGAAACAGACCUGGAGAUCGAAGAUACGGAGAAAUUUUUCACCACCGGACAAAGGGAGCUCUACCUGGAGGCCUGCAAACUGAUGCGCGUAGUGCCUGUCUCCUACUUUCUCCGGAACAUGGAGGAGUCCUACAUGAACCUCAACCACCAUGGGCUGGGCCCCAACGGUACCAAGGCUAUUGCUAUAGCCUUGGUGUCCAACACGAGUGUGGUCACCCUGGAGCUGGCAGACAACUGUCUCACGGAGGAGGGUCUCCUGAGCCUAGUGGAGAUGCUGCAAGAGAAUUACUACCUGCAGGAGAUGAAUGUUUCCGACAAUGAUCUUGGCUUGAAGGGGGCCAGAAUCAUCUCAGAAUUCCUUCAGAGAAAUAUCUCUUCGCUCUGGAACCUCCAGCUUUCAGGAAAUAACUUCAGGGACAAAUCCGCAGAACUGUUGUGCCAAGCCUUGUCGGCCAAUUACCAAAUCAAGACACUGGAUCUCAGCCACAACCAGUUCUCUGAUAAGGGAGGAGAGUACGUGGGCCAGAUGCUGGCCCUCAAUAUAGGGCUCCAGUCACUGGAUCUGAGCUGGAAUCACUUCCACGUACGGGGAGCUGUGGCCUUGUGCAAUGGUCUCCGGGUUAAUACGACCCUGCAGAAACUGGAUCUCUCUAUGAACGGCUUUGGGAACGAGGGGGCUACGGCCCUGGGGGAGGUCCUCAGACUCAACAACUCCCUGGUCUACCUAGACAUCAGCUGCAAUGACAUCACCAACGACGGAGUCUCCAAAAUCAGCAAAGGGCUGGAGGUCAAUGAGAGCCUCAAAGUUCUGAAGCUUUUCCUGAACCCUAUGAGUAUGGAUGGGGCUGUUUCACUUAUCCUGUCCAUCAAGAGGAACCCCAAAUCCAAGAUGGAAGAGAUCGACAUUUCUAACGUGCUGGUGUCUGAGCAGUUCCUAAAAAUAUUGGACGGGGUGUGUGCCAUCCACCCCCAGCUGGAUGUGAUGUACAAGUCCGUGCAAGGCUUCUCUGCCAAGAAAGCGCUCCUCCAGUGGACGAACCCCAUGAAACUGAUCCAGAGCUACGCUGACCAGCACAAAAUCACAGUCCUAGACUUCUUCAAGAGCUUGAACCCUAAAGGAAUGAUGACGAUGCCUGUGGGGGACUUCCGGAAGGCCAUGAUACAGCAGGACAAGGUCCCCGUAAACCUGCACCAAGUCAGGGAGCUGAUAAAGAAGCUGGGUGACAAGACAGGCAUGGUGAACUUCAGGUCAGUGUGGGCCUGGGGGCCAUCUGAUCCCGCUUCUGCCCAGGAAGCCCUGUUGCCCCCACCCCCCGCAGGCGCCCGGGCUGAGCAGGGUGCACCCUGCACUCCAUGAGGCGACCUCACCUCCAUGGAAGCAGCUGGCCGCGCUCUCCAGGGCUCCCAAACCCGCCCCACGGUCUGCCCUCUGCCUCAGCUUCCCCUCAACCACGGACUGCUGGCUGCAGGGCCAGACUCUGGGGACACAGUUGAGGUGACACACCGGAGUGCAUGGCUAGACCCCGGUGUGUUGGGAGGGGUCUGCAGGUCCCCUGGGAGCCCAAAGAGGAGGAUCACUCCGGCAGGAACUGUUUUGGUUCGGUGGUUUGUGACAUAGUCUCCAUCCCUUAAAGAAACAGGAAGGGGCUGGGAUAACAGUCAUAAGGAUAAUGACACUGUCCAUGAGCCCUUUCCAUGGGCCCUGUACUCUGUGGGCCACCGGACCUGCUCACGU